GUUGCAGCUGUUGCGAAAUAGCAAGUACAUGCAAGGGCAGACCCUCUACGUGAUGACGCUGCUGGUCCGGGACACCCAAAACGCUGCUGGUUUGCGGAUGCGGAGGGUGGUGAACCCACAGACCACCUCUGCCGUGCCCGAAGACUGGCAUGUGCAGUCCUAUUCAGAUUU